CUGUUAUAAGCAAGGAAAGUUUGACAAGUGGUGCUCAGUUUCUCUGUAGUCCUAAACUUGGAUUUCAAGAAAGCGGUGACUGUUUGAGAAGAAGUUACGGAGAAAGUCCCUCUCUGGGCUCUCUUCUUACUUCUUGGUGACUUUCCAGAUCUUCCUCGAGAUGGGUGACUGGAGUGCUUUAGGAAGACUCCUGGACAAGGUCCAGGCCUACUCCACAGCUGGUGGGAAGGUCUGGCUCUCUGUGCUCUUCAUCUUCCGCAUCCUGGUGCUGGGCACAGCCGUGGAGUCGGCGUGGGGUGACGAGCAGUCUGCCUUCAAGUGCAACACGCAGCAGCCCGGUUGCGAGAAUGUCUGCUACGACAAGUCCUUCCCGAUCUCGCACGUGCGCUUCUGGGUGCUGCAGAUCAUCUUCGUGUCCACGCCCACGCUCCUGUACCUGGCUCACGUCUUCUACCUGAUGCGCAAGGAGGUGAAGCUGAACCGCAAGAUGGAGGAGCUCAAUGUGAUUGGCAACGAUGGCGGCGACGUGGAGAUGCCGCUGAAGAAAAUCGAGCUCAAGAAGCUCAAGUACGGCCUUGAGGAGCACGGCAAGGUCAAGAUGAAGGGCGCCCUCCUGCGCACAUACAUCGUCAGCAUCCUCUUCAAGUCGCUCUUCGAGGUGGGCUUCCUGGUCAUCCAAUGGUAUAUGUACGGCUUCACGCUCAAUGCCGUGUAUACGUGCGAGCGCGUGCCCUGCCCGCACCGCGUCGACUGCUUCCUCUCGCGGCCCACGGAGAAGACCGUCUUCAUCAUCUUCAUGUUGGUGGUGUCGUUGGUGUCGCUGGCACUCAACGUGGUCGAGCUCUUCUACGUCUUCUUCAAGCGCAUCAAGGACCGCGUCAAGCAGAACAACAAGCAGAUAUACCCGCCUGCUGGCGGCACUCUGAGCACCACGCCCAAGGAUCUGUCCACCUCCAAGUAUGCUUACUACAACGGCUGCUCGUCGCCAACCGCCCCGCUCUCGCCCAUGUCCCCGCCGGGCUACAAGCUGGCCACGGGGGAGAGGACCAACUCCUGUCGCAACUUCAACAAGCAGGCCAACGAGCAGAACUGGGCCAACUACAGCACGGAGCAGAACCGGCUAGGCCAAAAUGGCAGCACCAUCUCCAACUCGCACGCCCAGGCCUUUGACUUCCCCGACGACACCCAGGAGCACAAGAAACUGUCGCCGGGUCACGAGCUUCAGCCGCUGGCGCUCAUGGACCCGAGGCCGUGCAGCCGGGCCAGUAGUCGCAUCAGCAGCCGGCCGCGGCCGGAUGAUCUAGACGUCUAGCCCGGCUGGACACCCCCCACACCCCCCCGCCUCCGGCACUCUUUCCCCACCCCCACCCCCACCACCCCGUCAUUCUUCACCCC